GGCGACCAAGCUACGCAGCAGCAGCAUGCCAUGGAUGCAACAGCUGAGCCGAGUCGGUCACCGAAACGAAGCCACCUGACCAGUUCAGUCUUCGUCUUCCUCCUCCAGCUAUAAAAGCAGCUCGCCCAGAUCGAUCCGAUCAUAUCACAUGCUCACAGCAUCAACGAACAAACACAUACGAGGAUCGGAGAAGAGCUUCCAUUGCUAGCUAGCGAUGGUGCUGGGUCUGCGUUGCUUGGGUGCUCCGGCUUCUGGGAGGACGGGGAAGAAGGUGUCGCCGGCGAAGCAGCAGCAGCAGCAACCUGAAGAUCAGAACAAGCAGCAGCAGAAGCAGCACUGCUCGAAAGAAGCAGAUGCUGCAGCUUGCGUGGAGAAGAGGAUUGGAGGAUCAGAUGGUGGUCAUGGUGGUGUGGAGAAGGUCGAGAGGAAGAAGACGAAGAGUGGAUCAUCAGCUCCCAUCUUGAUGCAUCAGUUCCCCUUCCACUCCCGCCCUGGCCUGCUCUGAAUUAAUUAAUCUGCAUCACCUCCCAUGCAUCUUUUGAUGAUGAAUGGUUUAUGUAAAAUUCAGUAGCACAUAUUAAGAGCUUUAAUUUAAAUUAGGGACACCUUGAUUGUUUGUUUUGUUCCAUGCGCUGAUGUGAAGAGAAGUUUUGUUGAUUCUUUCGUCGUCUUCCUCCCCUAUUUUUAGAGCUUUUUUCCUAUCCUUAAUAAGGUACUACGAGUUAUCA